AUGCCACGCCUGCUAGCCACUCAGUCGCACGUUGUUCACGGGUACGUGGGCAACAAGGCUGCGACGUUCCCGCUCCAAUGCAUGGGAUGGGACGUCGACUGCCUCAACAGCGUUCAGUUUUCCAACCACACCGGCUACGGCAGAGACCGAGUGUUCGGGACCUGCACCUCCGCGCAGCAGCUGGAGUCCGUAUUCGAGGGUCUCGCUGCCUUCGGAGACUACGACGCCGUGCUGUCGGGGUACCUGCCCAACAGGGAAUCGGUUGCGUGCAUGGCUCGCAAUUACAAGAAGAUGAAAGAACGACAGCCAGAGCUGAUCUGGCUCCUGGACCCAGUGAUGGGGGACGACGGGCAGCUCUACGUGAACGAGGACGUCAUUCCAGAGUACGAGGCUUUGGUGACGUCCUCGCUUGUCGACGUCAUCACGCCCAACCAGUUCGAGCUCGAGAUCCUGUACGGAAAGCACAUAUCAGAUCUUGCGUCCCUUCGGCGCGCGCUCGAGAAGCUUCACGAGACUGUACCUGUGAUAGUAGUGACAUCGUGCUCUUCGGAGCUGUUCGGCGAUCCCUCGCACCUCUACUGCGUCGCGUCCACGCGCGGGCAUCCGGCAACCGUAUACAGAGUGCCUGUAAUUGAGUCAUACUUCACCGGGGUUGGCGACCUGUUCUCUGCUCUGCUACUGGACCGCCUAUACAACACGCGCCAAGACUCCGGCUCUUCGCACCUCGAUAUCAACCAGGUUUUGGAUGUGGUGCAGAAGGUUCUGGCUACUACACUGCAGCACUCUCCUGCGAACAUAAAGGCAGCCAUGGGCUCUCCCAUAGAGAUGAAGCUAAUGGAGCUAAGGAUAGUCGAGAGCAGAGACCACUACGUUCAAUUCGAAUGCCCUCGCAACUUCAUUUAUAGACAGUUAUAA